AUGGAUCUGUCGCACCUGGUGCUUCUCUGCGGGACUCUGCUGCUUCUGCGGGACGCUCUGUGCGUGACAGCGCUGUCCAUCUUCCCUCCCGCAGUUGCGCCAAAGUCCAGCAAAGUGGCGCAUAUCUUUGACGGCCACGACGCGUCCAAGUAUUUUAAGGAGUUUUACGCGCCUCCGGGAUCGAGCAACAAAGCCACGGACCUGGUGGAGCCUCACGACUACAUGUUGUCCAUCUACAAAACCUUCUCCACCGCAGAGAAGCUGGGGCUGAACGCGAGCUUCUUCCGCGCGUCCAAAGCAGCCAACACCAUCGCGAGUUUUGUGGACAUGGGGCAAGGUAUGGCACGCUUUACGCACGGCGCUUUACGCACGGCGCUUUACGCACGGCCUGCACGGCUGUUUAUGUGCAAUUAA